AUGGAGCUGAAAGUCUGGGUUGAGGGCAUCCAGCGGAUUGUGUGUGGCGUGACGGUGAAUACUACGUGUCAGGAUGUGGUGUUUGCCUUGGCCCAUGCCACGGGUAAGGUGGGGCGCUUCACGCUGAUCGAACGAUGGCGCAAUAAUGAAAGACACCUGGCUCCCAAUGAGAAUCCCAUGAAGCUGCUACUCAAAUGGGGCGAGUAUGCAAAUGAUGUGCAAUUUAUACUGCAGCGUUCGGAGAAUAAAGCUCAGCAGCAGCCAACGAAUACGCAGCAGCAGAGCAACAGCAACAACAACAAUUAUGCUGUGAUGACAACGAAAAAACCGCUGGGGCCAAACAAUAGCAAUAGCAACAGCAGCGGGAAGGCAGCACCGACCUUGCUAAAACAAAAAUCGAAUGUGGAACUCAGCUACCGGACAAAGGAAUUGAAAAAGAGCUUUGGGGGCUACGAUGCCAAGCAGUUUGACAACAUUGGGAUAGUCAAGGGCAUACCCCAGCAGCAGCCACCGAAUCCCGUGAAUCACAUUAUCACACCGGUAGCAACGCCUUCGCCAUCGCCACCGCAAGCAGCCAAGGAGCAAGUGGCGCCGGCGCUGCUGGAUAACAUUGCACCCAUAGUGCCUAAGCAUGAGAAAUCCUUGUCGAAUCCCUUGGAAAUGAGCAGCAGCACUGUCUCCAAUCGGGCUGCCGUGGCCAACAAUGGCUAUAAUGAUUUGUACAACAACAACAGCUGCAAUCAGCAUAUUUAUAGCCAGCUAAGCAAAUCGAGCAACGAACUGCGGCGCGCCAGCCCCAAUGAAAUGUACUACAAUAAUAACAACAAUAACAAUAUUAACAAUAACAACUCACCCGAGCUUUAUAAACAAACUACUCAAAUACCAACGAUAUCGGCAAAUGGAGCUCUGGUGCCGCCACCGUAUCGUGAUCCACCGCCACCCAGGAACAGUCCCAUGUGCCAGAACCAACGCAGCAACGCCGAUACCAUAUCCAACGCCUCCUCCUCAACGAAUCCCUUUCACAGCGACUACGAUCAACACAAUAACAACAACAAUAACAGUGGCAGUGUAUCCAUGGAGGAGGGCGAAACAAUGAUGUUCCAAGCCACGCAAUAUAACGAUCUUUUGCAGUUGAUAAAAUUUCAGAGAGAGAAAAUCACAGCACAGCAAAUGGAACUACAAAAGUUUGAUACGGAAAUCGUUUAUUUGGAGAGCAAAGAGCGUGAUCAUGCCCAUGAGCUGGAGGCCAUCUCGAGGGAAAUAUCCAAGGCCGAUCAGACCUUUCGUCAGGGCAGCGAACAGCUGCAGACAUUACAAUAUGUGGAGGAGGAAAAUGAACUGGUCAAGCAGCAGGAGAAGACACUCAAGUCGGAAAUCGCCUUGCUGCGCUCCAAAUUGGCAAACUGUGAGACAGAGCUGCUGCAGUGUAAGAACAAAAUGCGCCUGCUGAUGGAUGACAUAGAGCUGGAGCAGCAACAGCAGCAGCAGAACAAUCGGCAAACGGUGGAGCGUGAUUUCCUGAUGGAAAUGGAACGGAUACAGAGCGAAAUUGAUCAGGCAUUGCACAACACAGACACCUCGAACAAGACGGCGGAUAACCUGAAGAAGGAGCUGCUGAUGAUCGAGCAUGCCAUUGCCGAGAAAAAGCGGCAGGUGGAGCAGCUGGUCAACGAGAUGAAGGAGGUGAAUCUGCAGAGUCUGACGACUUUGACCACCACAGAGGAGAUCAAACAUCUGCUCGAGGGACAAGCCAACAAGCAGGGCAGCAGUCGUCGAAUCAUUGGCUCCCCGCGGCAGCUGGAAACGGCAGUACCGACUAGUAAAAAUCCGCACGGCGUUUGGGUCUGAAGCACCACAGCACAGCAGCAGCAGCAGCAGCACACAUCGAAACAUACAUAUUUUUCUAAGCGUUUUUUCAACAACAACAAUGUUUUCUGGGAACAAACAAUUUGACGGACAGGACAUAUCUUGAAUGCAUAAUGGAGUUGAGAGAGCACAACGCUUCCAUAUGGAUAUCACAAUUAUACACCAUAUUCUAUACAAAUUUACAAUGAUCCAUCCGCGUGCUUGGAAGGCAUUGCUUUAGCUAAUUAACUUUCCGAAAUAACACUUGAUGGAUCUCUCAAAGCAAUGAUUAUAAUUAUUGUUACAAUUUUACAACACACACAAAAUAUCUGCACAAAGUUCUGUGUACCAUGUUUAAUCUACAUUCCAAUUAUUUUAGUUUCGUGUGCUAUACUUUUGAUUAGUUUUUGUUGCUAGUCUGAAAACCCCUUCCAAUCUCCAACAAAACAAAACGCCGCCAUUAGUUGUUAAUUUUACAAAUACGAACAUUAAUUGUUGCAAUAAUUCGAAACGCCUUUUUACCAUUUAAGUAGUGCACUUAGUGAUUCGCUUAUGGAUGGAUUAAUAGAUUCACAAAUUAAAUUACACAAAAAUCUAUUGUACUUAAGCAUUUAGCGCAGCUUUAGCAAAAAAAAAAACAAAAAACAAUUACAAAUUAGCAAUGCUUUGUUGAACGUAUCACUUCUAAAGUGCUUAGCCUUAGCCACCGGUUGGGAUCUCUACGCGUAUGUGGGAUCUUACACUUGAGCAAUUGCAAAAAGGUGUUAGACAUUAGUAUAUGGAAACAUAUUUUGUAGCUUCCUAUGUGUAUUAUGUUUUUAGUUUGUUUUUAAUUAGCAAUAUUUAAUAAUUACACAAGAUUUAUAGACACAACACAAAAACCACAAAAAACAACAACAGCAAUGCAAUUUAAUUAUUAAUACACAUUACUAUUAACUUUAAACAAACGAUUUAGAACAAAUUCUAAUUGCAUUAUAUCUAAAUAGCUAAUAAACACAUCUUUUAUUA